UGAGCCUUUAAAUAGCGUCAUUGGACACAGGCCGCCAAGGGGGCUCGAAGUGCAGCGCAUCUGCUGGCAUGGCGAGCAGCGUGAGGGAGCUCGUACUGACGUGCAUGCUGCUGGCGCCGUGGCUGGCCGCCGGCGGGGCCGCCGGAGCACCAGGACGGCAGCAAAGCAGCUUCUUCGGCAGCCAUUUGACAUUGACGCGGACCAGGAGAGUGCCGCCUUUGGCAGACCAAGUGGACAAUAGCCCUGUCCCGGCAGGGGGAGACGCAUCGGACCUGCCCACUUGCCUGCUGUGCGUCUGCCUCACCCGCUCGGUGUACUGCGAGGAGGUGACCCCGGACAUGACGGCCGUGCCCACCCUGCCCAAGGAGACAGCCUACCUCUACGCCCGCUUUAACAAAAUCCACAAGAUCCACACCGGGGACUUUGCCAACAUCGUAACGCUCAAGAGGAUCGACCUGACGGCGAACCUGAUCUCGGAGAUCGAGGACGGGGCUUUCGCCAAUCUGCCGCUACUGGAGGAACUGUCGCUGGCGGACAACAGGCUGGUCAGGCUUCCGGCGCUGCCCGCCAAGCUGACGUCGUUCAACGCCAACAACAACCUCCUCAAGACCAAGGGUGUCAAAGCCACCGCCUUCAAGAAACUGACGAGUCUGGCCAACUUGUAUCUGGCUAACAACCAGAUGGAGGCAGUCCCGCAGAUCCCGGAGAACGUUCGGACCUUACAUCUACAGAACAACAACAUCACAGACAUCAACAUUGACACCUUCUGCAGGUCCAACGACACCUACUACCUUAGACCCAGCCUCACCGAAGUCCGUCUGGAUGGAAAUCCCCUGGUCCUGUCCAAGUACCCUGACAGCUUCAUGUGUAUGAAAGUACUGCCGAUCGGAAGGUACCGGUGAACAUAGAAGAGGGCGAGAAUCUUGUUCUUUGGGGCACACUGACUGAAAUAUUCUGGAUGUGGGGAGGGGGCUGGCCUUCUGCAUUACAAGUGAGGCGCGAGACAGUCACAUUCGAAUUAUAAGAUGUUUUCAAAGCGCCCGCUGGGGAAUAGCAAUUAUUCUAAGCAGUGUGGCCAGCACCCAACUGGGACAACAGGUGAUUAGCGUGAACUUUGAGUAGCGCCUAACUUAUUGGACAGCAGAACCGUUGAUGAUGAUUAAAAGCCACAGGGAAGAUUUGAAGAUCCCCUCGAAUCGUCAUUCUGGCGUUGAAUCCAAAAUGCUGCGCAAGCAUGACUGAAAUAAUUCGGCCUUACCAAUAAAUCAAGAAUGAGCGUGGCGGCAGCUUUGCAGCCGUCUGUCACUUUGCCGCCUUUCUAACAUUAAUUUAUUAACUCAACUUGAAUUUAAGUAUGGAAGCAUUUAUCAUCAUUUAUUGAAUCCAUGUAUGAAAUGUAGCCCCUGCAGUAAGAAGACAAAUGCUUACCAAUGUGCAGUGCUUGUACAGUGAUAUCAAGGUAUGGCUUAAGGUGUUUGAAUAAAGUGGAUUUUUUUUUUUUUUU